AGAAAAGGGUAAAACGGUAACAUACUUUAUCGAUACAUAAAUUGGUCAACUAGCGUAAUUUAACUUUUGUCCCCAUUGCGUAUAUAAACCGUCGACUAUCGAAGCCAACACCUCAAUUUUUCCCACAUUUUUCUCUCAUCUGCCUACGGUUGCAGAUUUUAUUUUAUUAACACAGAAAAACAAAAAAAAGUAUAAACAGAGUCCACGAAUUUGGGAAAGUUUAAGAUCAAGACAUGAAGAAAACUGGAAUCAUCGCAGCCUCCAUCUCUGUCGCGGCUUCUGCCACGGCGAUCUCCGCCGGCUCUACCAACACCUCCGUGUCAUUCUCUUCGCCGGAAUCUAAUCUCUCUCGUCAGGAGGCAAAGGAAAAACAGAGGAAGAAGAAGGGUUCGUCGGAAGAUGGGGGAGAUGAGAAGUUUGCUCCAAGGUUUGAUGGGUUACGAUUCAUCGAGACGCUUGUUACUGCUCACCGAUAACAUUUGCAUUGUUCUGAUUUGUAAGGGUUCUUAUUGUUUACCCCAUUUGAUUAACUACAAAGAUUUACUGAUUUUAAGUUUCGUUUUUUUUCUUUCUUUCACAUCACUAUUGUAACUUCGGCUUAAAGUGUACCACCAAGACAAGAGGCAUGAUUUAUGAGGUUCAUGUUUCUUCUAUUUGGUUUACCAAACAUGUCUUCAUAAAUAAACUAGUGACUCUAUAUGGCCUAAGAGAUUAGCUCAGCCCAUUAAUGACCAAACACACAUGUUCUUGAUCCACAAAACAUGUUAGGAAUGCUAGUGUUAUGAUGUGUACCAAACACACAUGUUCUAGAAUUAUUAUUCAUUGCCUAGGAUUGGAACUCGGAACUUAGUCAUGCAAUCCCUUGAGUUCCUUAAGGUCGACUGGUAGAGUUAUCGACACCGGGCAUAACGAAUGAUGUUAAUGAGAGUGCAAACAAAAAUCAAACAUUUACAUCUAUGCUCACAAAGCAACUAACAAUGGAAUGCAAUAUAUAACUCAUAUUGUAACAUUUACAAGUCUUUAGAAGAGGUGAAACAAGAUGGAAACGGUGAUUAGCAAAACGUGUGUGGAAACAAGAGGGAUCGAUGCAUGGGAAGAUGAUGUAGGGGUGACGUCGGUGCAAUCGAGACCUUCUUUGCCUUCUUUGCACAUGUUAGCGAAUAUUCCAGGAGGAUAACGACCGUAGAGAUUGAUGUAGCUAAACAUUGUGGAGGCACAAUCUGUCUUUUCAUCGUUAAGAACUUCCGCGAAUGGGCAAGCAAAGUCCUUGAAGGCCGAACAACAUACUUUGGCCGGGUAAUUUGGUCCUUUGCAUUUACUCGUUAUGAUUGUGUAAUUCUUUGCCGCAAAAUCUUCUUUGCAUGCUGUUAAAAUGUCAUUAACGUAAUGAUCAUGGAAUAUUUUGCUUAUUAAGCUAAUAAUCAUCAA